AUGCCACCGCAAGAGCUCGAGUGCUUAAACAUCGAUACGUUCUGGGCUGCCUUGCCGGAGUAUCCGGAUCAUCCACAACUCGUGUCUUUACAUUCGCACAUCCAGAAUACACAGUACCCGGGUCGAUUUUCGGUUUGUUUGAACUACCCAAGUGUUCUGGCGUGCCCCUCGUACUGACUGGGUGCUAUUGUACUUUCAGGUUUUAUGUUCGGGCACUCAGAAUCAUUCGCACUAAUUCUAGGCUGUCUGGCCGCUGUUGGGGGUCUGUGCUCUCAUACCCCAUCAGAGCCCUGUUCCCAAGCCGGCACCGUCUACAGCCCUGUCUGCGGCCCCGUCUACAGCCCUGUCCGUGGCCCCGUCUACGGCUCUGUCCGCGGCCCCGUCUACGGCUCUGUCCGCGGCCCCGUCUACGGCCCUGUCUACGGCCCCGUCUACGGCCAUGUCUACGGCCCGUCUACGGCCAUGUCUGCGGCCCCGUCUACGGCUAUGUCUACGGUCCCGUCUACGGCCUUGUCUACGGCCCCGUCUACGGCCCCGCCUAACGGAGGCCUAGGCAUUGCGAUGGCAGCUCUUCGGCAAGAGAUGGAAACUCUCGGGGAGGUGAUAACAGCCCUCAAGGAAAGGGGGGCAUCUGACAGGGAGGAGCUUAUAGAGGAGGUGGGGAGGAAUUUCGAAUGUGGAUUCGUCUUCGAUCUAGCUGCAGCGUUGCAACCACCCAAGUUACGCGAGUUGCUCGGGUAG